AUGACCAGGAACGAGGGUGAUAACGGCGACGACGAGGAGAAUACGGAAGCAUUUGGACAUGCGUUUGCGGGAUAUUUCCUACCAUAUCCAGGUUCGAAGUUCGAAGGGCUCGUAUCGACCAUCUGCGAAGACCCUCCCAUACUGAACUGGAUUUAUGUCGACAACGACACUUACGAGGUGAAGUACGGGGUUCGGCUAGAUGCCCAAGAUAAUGUCACUGGUCCAUUUGAUUGUACGAGACAAGACCGACGGAUGACGCUUGAAGGCUGGGAGGGAUUCGUUGUCGUCGAAGAAGCCCCCAGCUUAUGGGCGCUAUACUUCGAUCGUGAUGACGAUGGGUUGCGGUCCAAGCUUGGUCCAGGCAAACGGGUUUUGGAAGUCGAAUUGUGGAGGAGAGAAAAAAGAUGGAAAAAGGAUCCGCUUGUCCGACAAGAGGAACAAGCAAAACAAACAACAUAG